AGCACCCGCCAUCCCCUCAGGACCGCCUCGCUGUCCUGGGUCAAGUUCCCACUGCAGGAGCUGUUGGGCCUGCCUGUGGCCCCCUUCACUUCCCACUUUGGAUGCCCCAUCCUUCUCCUUCCUUCAGCUGUUUGGUCUUGUCUCUGACUUGCUUCCUGCCUUGUCCUGCGCAGCCAUUCCACCUGUGUAGCUCCUCCCUGCCCCCAGAUGGAGCUCCCGUUACCCAGCCUCUCCCUUCAUGCUUGAAGGCUCUGGAGAAGCCUGGAGGGGCCGCGGCUGCAGGGGCCGCCUGGCCUGGGGUGCUUUCCCCAGGCAGCAGGUCUGAGUGCCACCCUAGGCUGAGAGCACACACCCCAGGGACUCCGGGGCUGAGGACCUGGACGGCUCUGGUGCAAGCUGCCCCAUGGGCUUCCGCGCCAGGGGCUGAGUUAGGAGUUUCCUGUGGGCCAUUUGGGCUGGAGUGACAUGGAUGAACCCUCCCUUGCUGCCUUUCUCGUCCCCUUCAUUGCCAUGUCUGAUGUCACCGUCGGGGAUGCGCCAAGCUGUGAAAGAUAUCCUGAGGAAUCCUAAACCCCGAGGCUUCUGCUUCUGUGAUUGGGCCAAGGGACCGUCCAUCAACGUUGUCGCCUGGGAACUGGGCAGAGGCGGCUCCCAGGGGAAAAUCCUUGCCACUGCCGGACCGGAAGGUGGGACUGCGUCGGGGCUGGCGCCGGAGCCGUUGGUUAGUGCCUCUCUGGCCUCUGCCCGCUGGGUGCCCACAGGUCUGCCCCCCGUGGCAACCACCACUGGUCACCAGCAGGAGUACAGGACUGCCCCCUCCGAGACCCACAGGGGAUCCCGCUGCACCAGAGCCCAGAUGGGCAACAGCAGGAGCCAUGCGGGGCCAAGGCUCUGCCCACGGUUCCUUCCCCAGGAGCAGGCUGAAAUUGACAAGUUGUUUGAUGCUCUGACGGCGGGCCAAGGCGGCCGCACAGGUGUCCCAGCCCAAGCCUUCUCCUUGCAGGCACUGAAGAGCUACCUUGGGCAAGCACUGCCCGCACACAUGGUGGCCAGGCUGUAUGAUGGCAUGCGGGGGGUCGACCCGGCCAGAAAGGCACAGGUGCCCAGUGAGAGCGUCUCCCGGGAGCAGUUUGUGCUGGCCAUGUCACACCUAUUGAAGGGAGACGCCACCGAGAGGAGCGCCCUGAUUCUGAAAAUGAUCUCCAAGACAGGUGGCCCAGUGAGAGCCCACGAAGUACAAAGGUUCACAGAGGACCUGGUGGGCUCCGUGGCGCACGUGCUGGCCCACAGGCAGGAGCUGAGAGGCUGGCUGGCCAAGACCCCCGUAACUGCAUCGCCCAGGGUGCAGGCGCUGGCCACGCAGCUACUAUCCGAGAUGAGACUUCCAGGCGGUGAGGUAUUCCUGAGUCCUCAGUGGCUGGACCGUGACUGCGACCACGCCGUGCUGGAGGACUGGGUGUCCAGGGUACCCCACGUGGCCACGUUUCUGAGCGUGGUUGUCCACAGAGGCUUUCUCCCCCGGAGCUCACCUCUCCCUCUGGCCACGCUGGUGCCCAAGCGCAUCAUGGACCCAGGGCAGGACUUUGAGAGCGUGCUGGAUGUCCUAUCGGUCAUCUACAUCAACUCGCACCUGCCCAGGGAGCAGCAACACUGCUGGCGGCUGCUCUUCUCCUCCCAGCUCCACGGGCACAGCUUCUCGCAGCUGUGUGGGCGCAUGACACAGCGAGGGCCCUGCGUGACCCUGCUUGAGGACCACGAUGGCCACGUGUUUGGUGGCUUUGCCUCUUGCUCCUGGGAGGUGAAGCCUCAAUUCCAAGGGGACAACAGGUGCUUCCUGUUCUCCAUCUGCCCCAGCAUGGCAGUGUACACACACAGCGGCUACAACGACCACUACAUGUACCUGAACCACAGCCAGCAGACCAUUCCCAACGGACUGGGCAUGGGAGGGCAGCACCACUACUUUGGGCUCUGGGUGGAUGCCGAUUUUGGGAAGGGACACAGCAAAGCCAAGCCGACGUGCACCACGUACAACAGCCCACAGCUGUCUGCCCAGGAGGAAUUCCGGUUUGACAAGAUGGAGGUGUGGGCAGUCGGAGAGUCCGAGGAGUCACUGCUGGCCACGAGCAAGAAGAGCAUCCUGGAUGUGGAUCCCGAGGCGCAGGCCCUGCUGGAGAUCAGUGGGCGAGCCCGGCACAGUGAGGGGCUCCGGGAAGUCCCUGACUGUGACCAGUGAGCAGGGGCCUCUGCAUGGAGCUGGACACAGACUCCCCUCCUCUCACUCUGGUUGAAUUUGAAUGUGGAGCCCCCCAGGGUCAUGGCCAGACCACCCCAAAAGUGCCUGAACAGAACACACAAUGGCAUCAGAAUUCUUAUACCAUUGGGGACUGUCACCCAGAAGUGCCACCUGCCACAGUAGCUACUUGGUUGAGUGUCAGUGAAGUGUGAAGGCGCUGCUGCAUUGGAGUCCGUGGCUGGCCCUGGACUAAGUGCCUAUAGAACUGAGGUCUGAGCCCGCUGCUGAUCACUCAGCCCCUGCUGCGACCGUCGCCCAAGCCCUGGGAAGCUGGUCCGUAUGGAAGACAGGAAUUGGAGUGGCCUUGGCAACGGCUCCUGCUGGCCUGGAAACCCUGCUGUGUGACUGUUUACACAUCGGGCAGGGCCAUUGUGUGAGGGACAGAGGCCGGAGCCUCAGCAGACACCGUGGACUCAGAGGGUGUGGACCUCAAGUAGGGCUUUGUACUG